UUGAAUGCCUUUUCAAAUCCUCAUUCAUCUCUGUCGAUCUUCUUUGUAUCUUCAUAAAUAUAUUUUAUAUAAUUAUUUUGGCUUGGGGGGAAAGCGCCUGGCAGCUUGGCUUCUUCUUUGUCUUUAAUUUCUGGUUUGAUGUUAUGUGUUUGAUAAAAUGUCAAAAAGGAUGUCAAUUUCCGCACAGAAACCCUUCGGGAGUUAAAAGGUUUAGUCUCAAUUUCUUGUUGCAAGAAUAAAGGCUGUACAAUCUGGUAGCAAUGGCUACAAAUACAACAUCUGGGAAUCAAAGAAAACAUGCCAUGGAGGCAUUGGAGCGAAGGUUUGCCAUUGCCAAAGCUGAGGCUCUUCAACAGAUGAAGCAUGGAAAAAAGAGACCACUCGAAGAAGAUGAAAAAGGAUCAGAUUCUUCGGCUAUUGCUUCAUCACCACAUCUAACAGAUGCAUCAGUUAUGAACUCCCCAAUUGAAUCAGCUAAGAGAGGAAAUUUUACUUUCGUGGGUUACACAACAUCACAAGAUGUGGAAUUAAGUGGUCCAACAUAUUUUCAGCUCACUCAGCCCAUGCAUGAGAAUUUGUUGGCAACUGAUUGCAAACAAUCUAAUAGGAGAGGAAGCACAGUUGACAAGGUUUUGCAUGAGCUCUUCCAAAAUGGUGACUCAGCUCAGAAGUACUUACAGGGAUCAAGAAGUGUGAAAAUUGACAAUUGGCUCCUCCUUGAUAAUUAUGUACAAGGACGGGCCAUAUCUACUAGUUCUCAUGUUAGAGCUUUGCAGACCCACUCAAAACGCUCUAAAAAACACAUGUCUAUGAAGCAACUUAAGAAAAGUGGUUUAUUUGAUUUACCUAAAGAGCUCCAAAGAUUUGAAACUUUUAAUCCAAUGCAUGAAAUGUGGAAGGCCUAUGUUCUGCAACUCAUUAAAACCACCGGGAAAAACCAGUUGGCUCAAUGUCUUCUUAGUGCAGAUUUGCAUGGUGCAUUAAUUCUAGUUGCUGAGUGUAAGAUUGCUGCUUUCACUGGAGUGAGUGGUAUUAUGGUUCGUGAAACUGCAGAAACAUUCGGGAUAGUCACAAGAGAAGAUAAAUUCCGAGUUGUGCCCAAAAAGGAUUCUGUCUUUAUAUUCCAAGUUGACUGCUGGAAAAUUACAUUGCUGGGAAACAAACUCACUUCAAGAAAUGUGGGAUUGUAAGUUUGAUUUCAUUCAUAGCGUUUCAGUAAAUAUGUACAGAACAUACAGUAUUCUUUAUUGUUUUUAUAUGCAAAAUUUCUGUCCAAGAUGGAAUUAUAAAACUUAAAACUACUAAAUCUUUAGGCAGAAAGAUCUAAUUUAAGUGACUGUAGACAUUUUUUUAUUAGUAUAUUUUGCAUUACAAUUA